AUGGCAGGCGGGCAGCUUUUUGGUUUUGGUGCUGACGUUGGCAAUAUUACGGCUUCUGCAACGCAAAAAUCGGGUCCAGAUCGAACUAUUAUAACGUGGGAAAAGCCGUUCCUGAAAAGGAUCGAGGAAUCAGCAGCUGAGCAUGCUAGCUCUCUGAACGACAGUGAGCGAGAACAGUUGCAAACGAUAUUUGAAGUGCACGAAUCAGAGGGUUCCAGUUGCGAUGAGUCGCGAACACCGUCAGUUAUUCUUGAUGCUAUCACUGUUCCUGAUGCUGUUGUUGCUUCGUCGUCGAGUUUCGAAAAAAAUUCAAAAGACGAACUGGAAUCACAGCAAAGGAUACAUCGCAGCUGCUCCGAGAUACUGACAUUACCGUUUUAUGAGCGGAAAAGCGUGCACGACUGCAUUGCUUAUUUGAACAGUAAACAGUUCUUCUGUCCACGUCGUUCGCUACCAGUUACAUCAAAAAAGAGUAGCUCACUUCAAGCACCUCAGAUAAGCAGAAGCAAAAUGAGACGCUUGUCCUCAAUAAUAAUUGAAUGGGAACGGGCCGGACGCUCAUCGAUCUCAGAUUUUACGCGUUUCUAUAGUCUGGCACAUCGAGAAUCGUUCUACUGUGCAAAACGUAAACUCGCCGGUCUCAAGGUAACAGUUUUAGGCUUUUAUGAUAAUAAUGAAGGCUACCGGCAUAAACAAAUCUUCCCUCUUGUUGCUUUUUUGGCUUGUUGGUUGCCAUUUUUCACGCUGAAUAUGGUGAAAGUAUAUAAACUAAUGUACAGCAGUUGGCCAGAACAUUUGGAGAUUCUGUUUCACUGGUUCACUGCGCUUGGAUACCUCAAUUCGUCGUUGAAUUUUUUCAUUUAUUUUGCUAUUCAUAAGAAAUUUCGGACAACAUUUUGUCGGAUGUUAAGGCUUCGUCGAAAGCGAAGCAGUAGCCGAAUGCAUAAGGUGCUAUUGCAUACUGUAGCCGAUUCAAAACAUGCAAUACAGGGAGCACUAAAACAGCGCUGCCGUAAACCAACAUGCUGGAAAAGGCGAACAGUUAAGAAUUCAAGUAGAAGCGAUGUGCCGGUGAUUGUUGUUCAGGAAGCCACUCAUGACGAAGCCGUAUUUUCAACAAUAACCAAUGAAGAGGGUGUAACUUUCAGGUUGCCUUUUAUUCUCGAUCCAGUUAAGCACUAA